UUGAAGGUUUUUGUUCGAAGGAGAACACGGACAACUGAAGAGAGUUUCACCUUGAAAACAAACACAGAUCCUAUUCUGGGCACCUUGUGUUUCCUGAGAGGCCUUGGAGACAGUGUCAAGCUUUUUAUUUUUGGAAGGAACAUUUCACGGGAGGAACAGAACCUGUCUGAAAUAUUUCCACAUUUUCGUGCUCGUGAAUUAUUCAGUUGGUUGAAGACAGAAUGUCAUCUGUGUGUCUGCAUUUACUGGGUUUCAUGCUGAGCUCCCUGGGCUGGAUUGCAAUUCUGAUUGCCACCAUCACCAAAGAAUGGGUUCAGAGUUGCUCAACAGGAGUGAGUGAUUGCCUUCAUUUCAAUGGAUUGAAAUUAAAGGGACUGUGGACUGAAUGUUACCGAUCAACUGACAGUUAUCACUGCAAGACUCUGACGGACAUCCUGACAAUGCCAGCCUACCUGCAGACCAGCCGAGCUCUGAUGAUCACUGCCUCCAUCUUGGGACUGCCGGCAACUCUCCUCAUACUCACAUCAUUACCAUGUAUGCGGUUCGGAGCUGAAUCCCAUUCUUCCAAGCACAAGCAAUCCUUACUGGGUUCCAUUCUGUACAUACUAAUGGCAAUUUGUGCGGCUGUUGCCACAAUCUGGUUCCCAGUGGGAGUCCACCAAAAUGCACGCCUCUUCAAUUUCGGCUAUUCUCUCUUUGUGGGUUGGAUAGGCACCAUGCUGUGUCUGCUCGGGGGAACAGUGAUUGCCUGCUGCACCAGUCCUUCACCACAACGCCAGGAAAACCAGUAUUACUACACGUCACAAGGCUCCUCCUCCUCCUCGUCAACAAACCCAACACAUGCCAAAAGUGCACACGUCUAAGGAACAAAGAGAAGCUCUAACAGAUCGUGCAUCAAGGGACACAUAAAACCCAUGGCAAAUGCCCACCUUAAAACACACUCUUCCCUAACUUGAAGGACAAUGCAGAUUGAAGUUCUACUUCACAUUGAACAGAAGAAGAAACCCUAGUUUUGUGAUUUUAAUUGUGAUCUUGUCAUGGAUAAUGUUAAAUUAUGAUAACCACCAACUCUUGCUUCAGCAAGAAAAGAUAUAAUAACUAAUGUCCAAUCUCAUGCAUCAAAUCUGCAGAUUAGUAACAGCCAGUCUGGAUUCAUUUAGAUGUGUCAGGUUGUGGAUUUGAGACAGUAUAAAGCUAAAUAGUUAUUGAUUGGUUGCUGUCCUAAAAUGCAUUUGUUAGUAAAGUAUAAAAGGUUUGUAACUCAAACAGUAUUAUACAACCUCUCAAUUGCCAAAUUGGGAAUAACCUUCAAAACUAAACUGAAAAUCUGAAAAUAUGCUGAUGUUCUUUAUCAAGAUCUUUCCCUAGCCUCUGAUCCCUGUUGGCUUGCACAGGCCCUGUGCUUCUGUUCUGCGUUGGUGAAUUUGCACAUAACUUGUUAACUACAAUGGAGCCUCAAAAAGAGCAAGGGAACAAUGAGGGGAGGAAGCAGUGGCUGU